AUGGAUAACGCUAAAAACGGGGUUAUUUACUUCAGUUUGGGGUCGAACCUAAAAAGCAAACAUUUCCCCCAAGAAUUAAGAGAAGGACUACUUAAGCUUUUUGGAGAAUUAAAACAGACUGUUAUUUGGAAAUUUGAAGAACAAUUAGAGACUCGUCCAAAGAACGUUCAUAUAGUACAACGGGCUCCUCAGCAGAGUAUCUUAGCGCAUCCAAAUUGCGUUCUUUUCAUUAGUUACGGAGGCACUUUGGUGUUCCUAUAA